AUGAAUUUAGAGAAAAAGAAUUAUUUAAUCUUGCAUUCUAACAGGAAUUCUAAAUGGAAGGAUAGAUUAAUAUGUCUAAAAGUUUAAAGGAAGAGAUUUGAAAUUUAAUUUUUGGUGCACAAAUAGGAAGUAAGUUGUGAGGAGAAAACUAUAAUAAUAAAAGUGAUUAUUUUUAGAUGGCUAUCUCAAAUUAGAAAAAAAAAAUACAAAGAAAUUAUUGAUGUGAUUAUAGUUUAACAAAUUAUAAGGUUUUAAGCCAUUUAAAAAAUGCGAAAGAGAAAUUUAAACAUAAAACUCAAAAGUGUUUGAAGGAGAGGUUUAGUUAGAACGGAUGCAAAGAAUUAGUAAUAAAUUAUAAACUAUUGGUGAUUUGUUUAAGUAAAAUAAUGAGAUAACAUAUUAAAAUAGUUAUGUUAUUUAAUUGAGAUUAUGUUAUUGGAAAUAGAUCAUUCAAUAUUUGAAGAGUAAAUAGUG